CUCAAAAUGAUGGCUUCUGACAAAAUAAACGAAAAUGGGGCUUCGAAAUUUCUUCAAGCUUCAAAUAUGUUCAUUCUGCUUGUUCUGAUUUUAGCAACGCUUGUUUCCUUUAAUUGCAGUGCAUCUCUGGAAGGUGGCAAGGGGGUGAGGCUGGAGGUGUUGAACAAGUUGAAAUCAUCCGGGAUCAUCGGACAGCACGCUGUGCAGGUUGAACUCGGGAGCAGAAAUUCAAAACUGAGCCUAGUCCUGGACACGGCCAUCGACCUCACGUGGAUUCAGUGCCAGCCGUGCAAGGGCUGCUCCGAGCAACUUCCCAUAUUCAACUAUUCAAGUUCGGAGACCUACUCCGACCUCCCAUGUAGCUCGGGAUAUUGCUCCGCCCUCGCUGCUGUCAAGGGCGAAGAAAGUGGCCCGGAGUGCCGCAAUUCCACAAGUCCUUGUGAGUACCAAUUGGGAUACUCCUACGCUCCGGGCCGUCUGGGGAAGGACCAGUUGAGCUUUGCCGCAGGCGGUGGCGGUGCGGAGGCAGUGGUGCUCCUGAAUGACUUCGUUUUCUGGUGCGGCAACGCGAGUAGUUAUCUUUCAGGAGGAGGGGUAGAGGCGGGCGCGAUGGGGCUGGGGAAAGGCGGCAACCUCUCCAUUCUUUACCAACAAGCCGCGGCAUCUAACGAAAGCCGCGGCUUGGAGAAAUGUUUCUCCUAUUGCCUUACCACAGUAAACGGGGCAGGCGGGCACUUAACCUUCGGAUGCCAACAAGAG